UUUUCCAGAAUACAUAUUAGGUCCACAGACAGAGAGUGACUGUCCAUUUUGGAAGACAAGCAAUUUAUUUUAAAUAUGUACUGAUUUCGUGUAGGCUUGAAAUCUUCUAUUCUGACCUGCUAAAUUUUAGUAUGCCGAAAAAAGGGGGAAAGCGACGAGGUCGCGGCGGCGGUGGUCGUGGAUCGGACGGAGGUCGAGGGAAAACGACAUCUGAAGAACAACCAACAGUUGGUAAACCAAAGUCUAGCCAUGACCCACCGCCAGUACCCUCUGGAGUAUCAGAAAAAAGGGAGACAAGCCCAGCCCACCCUCAGCCUAUUGCCAGUCCUCCAGAACCUUCACGCUCUCAAGUUAAACAAUUAGAAGAAGAUUUUCCAACACUUUCACUGGCAGCAACACAAGUGCAAAAACCAGCCUCAACUAGUCCUGGGUACCCAAGUGGUGCAAGACCUAAGGAACAUAAGCAGAGACCUGAAGAAAAAGUCCCCCCAGCACCUGAACCAGCAACACCUCCAGUAGUUAGUAGUGGUCCAAUUGCAAGUAGGCCUAGUACACAAGCUCUAACAAUUCCAAAGAGACGAGGAUAUGGUACCAAAGGGCGACCCAUAGACCUUUACAGCAAUCACUUCAAAGUCAAGUUUUCUAAUAUAACAAUAUUUCAGUAUGAUAUGACCACUGUACCUGAGAAACUGCCAAAGAAAAAACUAAGGGAUGUCUUUGAAGAGAUGCAACAAACUAAUAAGCAGGUUUUCCAUGUUAGAUGCAUUUUUGAUAGUCGCAAAUGUAUGUACAGUCCAGAAGAACUGAGGCUACCUGGAAAUCAACUAGAAUUAAAUGUUCAGGUGCAAUAUGAAGGCAGUAAGCCUUUGAAUGUGAAAGUGACAAUAAAGAAGGUGUCUACAAUCAACCUUGAAGAGCUUAAUCAGUACCUUAGAGGAACUAUGAACUUUACUCCAUAUGUUGCAUUUCAAGCCAUGGAUACUAUUAUGAGAUAUGGGCCUGCAAUGAGGUUCACACCAGUUGGACGAUCAUUAUUUUGUGAACCACGCCAUGAUCAGGCCCGAGACUUUAACCUUGGAGGUGGACUAGAACUACAUAAGGGAUUCUUUCAGAGUAUGAGACCAUCCUCAUGGAAAGACUACAAGAUGAGUGUCAACAUUGAUGUUUCUAACACUGCAUUUUACAAGCCUGGUCCAGUUUUAGAAUUCAUGGUUGAGGUGCUAGGUCUGAGAAGAGAUUCCGUUGGUAAUCCUCUAAAAGAUUUUCAAAGAAAACAAUUCGAAAAAGUUAUCAAAGGACUGCAAAUUGAAGUGCGUCGAGAACCAUCAUACAAACGCAAGUUUAGAGUCAUUGGGGUCACAGAAAGGCCGGCCGAAAGGUUGACAUUUCCACUAACAGAUGAAAAAGGGAGAACAUCUGAGUGUGUAGUUGCUAGAUACUUUUUUGAUAGGUACAACAUUCGUCUUAGGUAUUCAAGAUUACCAUGCUUGCAUGUUGGUGAUCCAGCCAAGAAGACAUACAUCCCCAUUGAGAUGUGCCAUAUUGUCCCAAACCAACAUUGUAGGAGAAAGUUGACUCCUAUGCAAACAUCAAAUAUAUAUAUAUUUAAAACAGCAAUACCAGCCCCUGAUAGGCUUCGAGAGAUUCAGAACUGGACAAGAGAAGCUGCCCAUCAUACAGAUCCAAAUCUGAAAGCAUUUGGCAUCUCAAUUAACCCCAAUUUGGUGAAGACCCCCGGGCGAGUACUACCACCACCGGCAAUCAAAUACAGAGAAGAGCGUUCAGCUCAGCCUAAUGAAGGCAGCUGGGAUAUGCGUGGAAAGAAAUUUCGUAACGCUGUCAACGUUAAUGUAUGGGGAAUCAUCUGCUUUGAAAAUGAACGCUUUUGUCGUUCAGAUGAUUUAGAUAAAAUGCACUCGGUUUUAGUGGACGUAUCAAGAAAAAUUGGAAUGCCAUUUGAAUACGCAGCUUUUGUUAAAUACGAGUAUCCCGAUACAAAUUUUGUUGAAAUGUUCAAAUACUAUCGUGAAAAAUAUCCAGGACUUCAAUUGCUGUUUAUUGUACUACCUGGAAAAGGGAAUGAUAUAUACGGCAACAUCAAGAAAGCAGGAGAUUCCCAAGUUGGCAUAGCAACACAAAACAUCCAGGCAAUAAAUGCAAAGAAAGCAAGUCCACGCACGAUGGAGAAUAUUUGUCUAAAAAUCAAUGCAAAACUUGGGGGCAUCAAUAAUAUCAUCAGUAACAUAUCUCCAGUAAUGCGUGACCCCGUUCUUAUUCUUGGCGCUGAUGUCACGCACCCAUCUCCAGGAGAUUUUCACAGACCUUCAAUUGCUGCUGUUGUUGGUAGCACAGGCAAAGAUGCUUUCAAAUAUAAUGCUAGGGUUAAAGUUCAAGCACAUCGGCAAGAGGUUAUUGAAGACUUGUCUGGGAUGGUGAGAGAAUUACUUAUAAAAUUCAGAGAAGCCUCAAAUGUUCCACCUAAGAAAAUUAUCAUGUACAGAGAUGGAGUUAGCGAAGGACAGUUUCAGCAAGUUUUGGACCAUGAGUUAAUUGAAAUACGAAAGGCAUGUAUGUCACUGAGUGAAAAUUAUAAGCCUGGCAUCACAUUUAUUACCGUGCAGAAGCGGCACCACACUCGACUAUUCUGUGUCAACAAACAAGAUGAGUGCGGCCGUGGUCGUAAUGUUCCUGCAGGCACGAUUGUUGAUAAGGACAUCACACAUCCUGUGAAUUGGGACUUUUUUCUUUGUAGUCAUGCUGGAAUACAGGGUACGAGUCGUCCAGCUCAUUAUUAUGUGCUGUGGGAUGACAACAACUUUACACAAGAUCAGCUAGAAGAGUUCACAAACCAGAUGUGCUAUACUUACGCACGCUGCACUCGUAGCACAUCAAUUCCAAGCCCUGCUUACUAUGCACACCAUGCUGCCUUCAGAGCUAGAGAUAUCCUUCAGAGUGACUCAAAGGAUAGUGACUCUGGAAGUGCAAAAACUGGAACAAGCAGUGAUAGUACACCAAAAAUUACCGCGGAAGAGUUGAUAAAGAUGAAUGAUGUUGUUCAGAUCCACAUGAAUCAGAACAGCCGUAUGUACUAUGCAUAAAUGGGAAAGCCUUGUACAUUCGAGUCCCAUGUCAGACGCUUUUUCAUAAUGGAAACAAAAACAGCAAUAUAGACUUCAACACUACAGAGAAUUCCUAUAAGGACACACCUCUGUUUGGAACUGGUUCAUCACUGAGGGUGCCAUAAUUGUCAGCUAAAGGAGACAAAAUAUUUUUCACUCAUAAAUACCAUGUCUGUAUAUAAAAGGGACAUUCAUAAGAAAUACACUUUAUAGGGCCUUACAACUGUUGGACUCAAUAUAAACCAACUUAAUGAACACUGUGUUCAGAGGGAAAGGAGGAGUUAGCUGGCCAUGUUGAGACUAACAUCUUGAAAUAUAUAGAAGAAACCUUAAACAAGAAAAAUAUAGAAUAAAUCCUUUCAAUGAAUAUCAAUCAGAACAGUAUCCAUUCAUUUUAUGCUUUGUCAUAUAUGAAGUAAAGGGUUCUUUAUUAACGAUGUAGGAAAAAAAAGCCCUUAUAUACAUUUAUUAUUAUCUCGGAUAUUUAAAUAUUAUUGUUUGAAAUUGGCAGUUGGUAAGGUGUGCCACCAACUGAGGAUUGUCAACUUCAGAUAUUGGACAAGAUAUAAGAACAUAUUAUAAUAAUUCAAUUGUUUUGAUUCAUUAACUUAAGAUAACAAUAAUAUGAUCAAAAUAGAAUUUCAUAGUAUGGAUAAGAAUAUAAAAUUAAGUACUGUAAAUACAGUGAAUAUUUAUUGUGUAUGGGGGAAACGAUAGCCAGAAAGGCUUUAAGUCUGAUCCUCCAAUUGAACAUACAGUAUACUGAAUUAGUAAAUGGCUAGUAAUAAAAUAAGUAAUAAGAAAACAAACAAACAAAUAAUAAUAACAGAUAAUAAAUGUAGAGAAAUGUUGCUGGAUGUAACAUGUAAAAUAUAUUGAGUAAUAAUCAGGAAGAAAAUUUUCGGUUGGGUUCGCCAAAACAAUGGUCUUUGGUCUCUAAAUAGAGGGAAUAUUUAAUUAGAGGGAACAGCUAAUGAUAAAAGAUAGGCAUUCAACCGGGCUGUAGAAACAUGGUUUUUAAUUAGAGGGACACCUGUAUUUUUUUUUUUGAAAUAUCAAAUGACAAGAUUCUUUAUUAAUUCGUGUGUUUAUAAAACAAAAAAUGAGUGGUUAAGCUGCACUGAAUGCCAGCGUCCCUGCUUUUACUGAUUGCUUUGGUAUUCUUUACGAUCCAGAAAUUUGGAUCUAGUCUUUAUUCGUGCAAUGGAAAGAAUAUUUUAGUUCAUUGAAAGAAUAAUUGUUCCAUUCAACUUGGCUCUGUGUUAUGGAACAUUCCAUCUUUAAAUUCAUUGCAUGAAUAAACAUUUGUAUACUAAAGAAAUUAUUGCUUAUUGUAUAAGUAUACCGAUCAUGUCACUGAACGGCUGUAUUGUGUUGUUACUUUUAAAAACUUAUUCUUAAUCAUUUGUAUAUUAACAAUACAACACGAUAUACUCUUUAUAUCUAUAUAAAAUUUACAAAACAUCUCAAGUCUUGGGGAAUGUUUUGAAUAGCGAACUCAAGUGGUUAUAGAAUGAUAACAUUAUAAUUCUUCUAAGCAAUAAAAGAUAAAAUAUUUAAUGAUAAACAGCUAUCAAUGAAUACUAUCUGGUCAAAUAAGGUUAAUGUGAUAGUGAACUUUAACUGAAUAAUCAUACAUGCUGUAUUGAGGAUCCAGGCACAAAUUUUGGUACUCAGUGAAUUCUGUGAAAUAUAAUUUUUCAUUGUGCUGUGGGCACCAUACCCAAUUUAAUUGUCCUUUAGUGGCGUAACCAGAGAGGUGGGGUAGGGGGUGUAUUUACAGUGCCUGUGCACCCUUUGUUCAACAUGAAAAAAAUUAAAAGUAAAUUAAGAGAAAUAAAUACUUCGACGUUAACAACCAAGUGUAGUAGCCAUCGAUCUCGUUUUCUAGUUUUGUGCAUAAUUAUGAAUAUUUCCUUUCAGUACCCUAAUUUUAAAAAUUCUAUAUGGGCCACUGAUGCAUUGGACUGUUUUAAUCUCACAUAUUCUAUCUCAUAAGAUUGCAUUAAAUUCAGUAGUUUGAAUAUAGAUUUAAUGAAGAAAAUGGACAGGUUUAUUAAAAUCUGUGUUGAUUCAGUGUGGGAUGUAUGGAUGCUGUUCCUAUGUAAAAUAUGUUGAUAAAUGAGCUUGUCCAAUAAAGAAAUUCAUUGUGAAUUUAUAAUUUCAAAAAGUAUACAGUA